UUUUUUGAGUCAAAUUGAUUUUUGUUCUUCCGUCCACCUAAGGGUAUCUCUGAUAAACCUCAAAAGUCGGGAAUGGAACGACAAACAUCAACAGCAACUUCAAUUCCAACACGCGGAGAGGGAGGCACUACGGGAGACGCUGAAACAAGUAUUAUUCCAGUGCGUGUUCUUCAACAACAAAAAACUAAAAACGGCGGUAGUGGAACAUAUUCUACAGCUGCGGGAAGCAUUGACAAGAAGGGGAGGGGGAAGAAUGGGGAGAUGGAACAGCAAAAAGCUUCAAGGUGGGAAAUGAAAAAUGAAAGGUUAAAUGAGUUAAAAAGGGGUGAAUAGGCAAGGAAAUAAUUAAGAAGAUUAAAAAACGUGAGCAAGCAAGAAGGAGGUGAAUGAGGAAAGGAAAAAGUGAAAUGAGAACGGAGGGAGAGGAAGAGCCAGAAAUAUGAGUAUGUUCCCUUCACACUACCCACGGUUGUUCCCUUCACACUAAC